GGCCGCGUUGUUGGGUGGCACGGAGACGGCUCUGUGGGUUUGUUUGGGUGUCGCAGAGACUCCAGAGCGGACAGCGGACAAAUCGUUUGGGUUUCUUCAGCAGUCGCGGAGAAACAAACGACGGAUUCAAGUCUUUUUUUUUUCUUUUUUCUUUUUUUUUUGUUGUGCAGGAGCAAUAAAUGUGACGUAUGAUCGUGAGAGACUGUCAAGACACAACAUGUUCAAGCCGUGACGAGCAAACAGACCUGGACAUGGAGGCCCGCUUCGGCAAUGUGGUGUUCAGCUCGCGCUUCGACUCCGGGAAUCUGGGCCGAGUGGAGAAGGUGGAGGCCUCCGAGCACGAUCCUGAGAGAAGCUCGUACUCGCACGUUGACUACGAGUUCAACGUCUGGACGAAACCCGACUGCGCAGACACCGAGUUCGAAAACGGCAACCGGUCAUGGUUCUACUUCAGCGUGCGCGGAGUGUCGCCGGGCAAACUGCUGAAGAUCAACGUGUUGAACAUGAAUAAGCAGAGCAAGCUGUAUUCUCAAGGCAUGGCUCCGUUUGUGCGCACGUUUCCUGUCAAAAUGCGCUGGGAGAGAGUCCGCGACCGGCCCGCCUUCGAGAUGUCCGAAAAUCAGUUCACUUUGUCGUUUGUUCACCGUGUGCUGGAAGGGAAGGGAGUCAUCACGUACUUCACUUUCUGUUAUCCGUUCUCGUACACCGAGUGCCAAGAUAUGCUUUUGCAGCUUGACCAGAGACUGCUCGGUCUUUCUCAUACACUGGGACCAUGCAGUCCGGCAGACGGCCUCUAUUACCACCGUGAGCUGCUGUGUUACUCCCUGGAUGGACACAGAGUAGACCUGCUGACUGUGACUUCCUGCCAUGGCAUGCUGGAGGAAAGAGAGCCGAGGCUGGAAAAACUGUUUCCGGACCACGGCACUCCGCGGCCACAUCGCUUCGCCGGCAAACGGGUGUUUUUCAUCAGCAGCAGGGUGCACCCCGGGGAGACGCCAUCCAGCUUUGUGUUCAACGGCUUCCUGAACUUCAUCCUAAACCAGGAGGACCCGCGGGCACAGAUGCUCUGCCGGAUGUUUGUCUUCAAGCUCAUCCCCAUGCUCAAUCCCGACGGGGUUGUUCGAGGGCACUAUAGGACGGACUCGCGCGGCGUGAAUCUUAACCGGCAGUACAUGAACCCAAGUGCUGAGCUGCACCCCUCCAUCUACGGAGCCAAAUCCCUCCUCCUCUACCAUCAUCGGCACAACCGGCUCAAAACCGGAUCUCCGUCAGCAUUAAAACUCUCCAACCAGUCCAACACCACCACCCUAAGCACACCCCACGAGCUCGAACACUACCUCAACUGCCGCAACGAGGUGGAGCGACUGGAGGGCCCGACCCUCGACCUCUCUCAGAUUCCCAUGCAGAUGGACGAGAGCUGGGAGGGUAAAACCAGAACGAAGGGCAAGCUCGGGCAAGGCGACGAGAACGAAUCCACGGCGAGCCGGAGCGAAGCCUGCGUCUCUAACCUCGUACAGACCGAGCAGAUUUCACCCCACGAAAGCGGAGUGGCCUAUUACAUAGAUCUUCAUGGCCACGCCUCAAAAAGGGGAUGCUUUAUGUACGGAAACAACCUACCUGAUGAAAAUCAGCAGGUGGAGAACCUGAUGUAUCCGAAGCUGAUCUCGUUGAACUGCGCCCAUUUUGACUUCCCUGGCUGUAAUUUCUCGGAGAAGAACAUGUACGCCCGGGACAGGCGCGACGGUCAGUCCAAAGAGGGAAGCGGCCGAGUGGCCAUGCACAAGGCCAUCGGAUUAGUUCACAGUUACACAUUGGAGUGUAAUUACAACACAGGCCGCUUGGUCAACACUAUUCCCCCUGCCUGCCAUGACAACGGCCGAGCCACCCCUCCUCCACCUUCUACCUUCCCUCCCAAAUACACACCUGAAAUAUUUGAGCAGGUUGGCCGUGCGGUCGCUAUAGCAGCGCUGGACAUGGCUGAAUGCAACCCCUGGCCACGACUUGUCCUGUCCGAGCACAGCAGCCUGGUGAACCUGCGAGCGUCGCUGCUCAAACACGUGCGCAACAACAAGGGCUUGGGCUCCAACGGCCGCAAGAAUGGAAACAAGGCGCCGAGUCCACCGAAAUGCCCAGGUUUGAGCAGCUCGUUUUCGGAGAACUCUCUAAACCAGAGUCGUAGCCACAGCACCCGGAACGGCAGCAACGCUGGGAACAAGCAGACGCCUCCCCAGCUAAAGAGUUCUCCAAGCUUUACAUUUGGAUGGAGCAACGCUGGAAACGCCCCCGGCUCCCACAGGCCCACCCACAAAAGCCUUGGGCCAAUUAGAGAGACGAAAGCUCAAGAGAAGAAACGCCCGCACCACCUCGGUCACCGCAUCUCAGCCCACUGUCCCAGCAACAGCCAAGCCAUCCCAGCAUGUCCCCCACUUUCCCCAUCAUCAUCCUCCUCAUCCUCCUCAUCCUCUUCUCCCUCCUCGUCCUCCUUGGGAGCGGGGGCGGGGGCGGCUACCUGCUCCAUGGGUAUGGCAGGAAACCAAGAUCCUUAUUCUCAUCCAGCAAUACAAAGCAAAGAUCCUCCUUCACUGACUAAGAAGAGCUUCUCAGACAGAAGUUCAGGCUCCACUCAGUCCUUUCCAUUUCUUCAGAGGAAGAGGUCGUCUCAGGAGCACCCCGUGGACAGUGGCUUAUCCGUUGAGAUCAGAAGAUGCGAGUUGCAUUUCCGACGUAGACGAAUCGCGGCUCGUAAAACAGUCGUCUUUUCCUCGUCUACCUCAGACAGAGCGCUUCGACAGUCCGAAUAUGAGAGUGUGGAACUUUGUCAAACCCUGUCUCAGAAAACACCUAACAGGGACAGAUCACGCUGCAAUGCACUUGGUGACAAAAGCUCUGCCGAGCAACUCUUCCCAAAGCUGUGUGGUGGAGAUAUGAACGAUGCCACAACUAAACAGGACAACGCCGCAGAAACAGCACAAUCUGAGCAUUGGCCGGCAAAGAGCAGCGCAUCCUUGAGCACGGAGAGCUGAACUGCUUCUCGAAAUGUACAGUAUAUUCCCUCUUUCACAGGCACUGUAUCAAUAAAGCAGGUCUAUGGUGAAAAAACCCACAACUUUA